GUACACGUUGGUAGCAUGUGCUGUGGUUAUGUAAACAACAUGGCUGCUAUCGUGAAUGUGAUAUGGAGUUCCGUCAAAGCUUCCUUUUAUAUUUAUGGGUUUUGGUUCUAUUUCUCGGAAAUAUUAUGUCUUGCUGUACCUACAGCAAGUGUCGGAGCUCUUUUGAUAUUCAUUCUAGUCCACAUUGGAAGAAUACCGCCUCCUGAUCCUGCAACAGUGGAAGAAAUACUGGGACAAGAUCCACUACUUCAAGAACGUGAUGACAAAAAAAAGGAUUGUCAAGAUGGUGCAUACAUCAUGAAAAGCAUUGCGCACAGAGGAGCUGCACUAGAUGCUCCAGAAAAUAGUAUAACUGCGUUUAGACAGGCAAAACAGAAGGGUAUGACUGCAGUUGAGUUUGAUGUUGCACUGACAAGAGAUAAAAUACCAAUAGUAUUUCAUGAUGACACCGUAGAUAGGAUGACUGAAGCUACGGGCAGAAUCAAGAACAUGACAUGGGAAGAACUUAAACAACUAGACAUAUCAGAAAAACAUCCAAUGAGACAUAAAUAUGGAGGAGAAAGAAUUCCUCUGUUUGAAGAUGCAGUGAAAGAAUGCCUUGAUUUGGGCCUGCGAAUGUUUAUAGAUCUUAAAGGCGAUGAUUUGAAGUUGGUAUCUGUGAUCCACAAUGCAUACAAGCACCACAAAGAAAUGUACACCAGAGCCAUUGUGUCAUCAUUCAGUCCUCUCUUGAUUUACAUGAUCCGGCGGGGAGACCCAUGCAUCACAAGCUCUCUGGCAUGGCGACCACACGUGUAUGCUUCUUCAUCCUAUUCCGGAGUGGAAGGUGAAGGUUUGCCCCGCUACAAAAGCCUUCCACAUAUACUGGCAGCACGUUCUGCAGACGCAGUCAACAAAUGGGCAUAUGACAACUUCUAUCAUCACAUGCUAGGUCUGUCGGUCGUUCUUCUUCACAAGGACACUGUUACUUCAGAAGUGGUACGUCUGUGGAAGGAGCGUGGCCUGAGGGUCAUGCCGUGGACAGUCAACAUGCCGCUGGAAAAACAGUACUUCACGCGAAUCCUCAAGGUCACAUAUCUUACAGAUACACUCAUUGGUGAAACUGAUGGACCUAAGUUUUCAUGAGUUUCUCAACUUUUUUAAAUUUCUCCACUGUGUAUAAUUUCUGACACUGCUUUACAGUUAAAGAAAAAUUCAGGCAACUUAUACUAGAAUGUCUUCCAUGAAAACUAUAGAAAUACAUAUGAAUUAUGUAUUAUCAAUGGAGUCAGUAAUUCCGAGGCUAAAUGUUUUUGCAGUGUAUGUCCAAGCCAUUCUAUCCUUCUUGUCUUUAUUACGGCUACAAUAUCUGAGCUUUUGAACAGCUUCUCCAGCUUGAUAUUCAUUCUAAUUCUCCAUAGGCCAUUGUCACAUAUUGGACCAAAAAUCUGCCUUAAAACUUUCCUUUCCCAGGUCAUAAGCAUUCUUUCAGCUAGAGAUGUUAAAGUUCAGCAUUCAGAUCCGUACAAUACUAUAGGUCAUAUUAUAGUAGUGUACAACCGCACUCUAAGGUUUUGGUGGAUAUACCUUUUCAUAAAUAAAUAUGUACUGCCACAUUCAUUAAAAUGGAUAUCAGGAAAAUGUUUGUCCAUCACAGCCCAAAAUUCUUUAAAAUCUAAUGUGUGCCAAUGAUCAUGAUUUUAAUCAUUCUCUUGUGGGAAUGUAUAUUAGAUGCAUAGAUUUAAUUAGCUAUGGGCCAGAAAUGUACUAAAACAAAAUCUUUAUAGAGUACAAAGUUUGACAUGGUUUCUUGUUUUAAAUUUAUUAUGACUCGUUUAAUAUUAAAUUAUCACUAAAUUGAAAUUAUCGGUGUUUCCUACUUUUGAUUGUUUGCUAUUAAAGUAAGCUCAAAUUAUGUUUGGUUAGAAAAUCUUUGUGCACAUUUGGAUUUUUCUUCUUAAUACUAAAAUAUAACUGUUUGCUAUUGUGGGUCAUAGAUUAAAUUCAAAUUGGAUGCAUAAUUAAACAGCCAAUAAAUCAUCAAAUGCAAACUGUCACUGUUUUAGUUUAAAACUGCGUGUGUCACACAUACAAAAAGCAAGGAUGGCCAUCGGACUGUUGAUAUUUCGGAUAAAACACGCAGAAGAUUGAAACUGUACAAAAAUAUUUCCUAUUUAAAGUUCAGCAUUUAUUAUAAUGGUUGUGUUAAUGGCAGCUAAUAUUAAUUCUUUUUUUUUCUGUGUAUUAUUUGUAAAAUGUUUCAAAAUAGCACCAAAGUUAAAGAGCGAUAUUAAGCUAGCAUGAUUGUUACCUGAGUCAUUAUUUACUUCAUCGCAGUAGUCGCAACUUUCAUAAAGAUGUAUAUACCAAAAACCACUUUACUUUAUUAGUCUUAGAGAAACAAAUGAUUUUAUGUAUAACGCCUCGUUGUAAAGAUCAGGUAUGAUGAGACUGCAGUGAAUUAACUUGCAUUUCUUCACUGCAUAAUAAAUGUUGGCAAUGAA